AUGGCUGCGCCGCCUUCAACUAUUUUCUCGCGUCAUGGCAGCUCCAAUAAACGUCGCAUCGACGGCUGCCUUGUCGAUACCUACGAUGGGGGCGUAGAACAGUCACCGUCCUACACGCCGGAACUCCUGCCUGUUUCUCUGCAUCUUUCUUACGACAAGAAUGGUGUUCUGUCCCUCAGGCUCCGUAUAUCAGUUACCCUGCGAGAGGAUCCUGGGAUCACUGCUAUCCUCCUCGACAUACCAACCGAUAAAAUCGUCUCUCUUUCCCUCCGCCGGCGACCGGAUCUUCCUGAACGGCUGAUCUCAAGGAUACAAUCGUCACAGGCCCGCCUCCAACUCGUCCUUGCCAACCCAGCGGGUACUCUCAUUGCCCCCUUGGCUACCAAGGCUUUGAAUCCGGAAACACCGACUGAUGCACAAUCUCUCAGCACUAUGCGGAAGCUGUCUCAGUCUCUCAGAGUUGUCAUCUACCUGCCAUUAGGUGACGAUCUGUGGGACCAUGUUUCCGCAGCUCAGAUGUUAGCCCCUCCCAACGCCACAGUGUCCCCAGAGAAUCUUCUCCGGGUCGUCAACAGCCCCUUGCAACUGGAUCUGAAGACACUCUAUGGUGGCAAGGGCGGCAGGAUUGUCCCGCCCAGCGAGACAUUCGGUCACCCCGUCAUCAAAGGCGAUGCUCAGGACAGCAGAGCUGGUGAUGAUGCAAGUUCCCCGCCAGACGCAGACCUUCCCCCGUCAUACAAUGACACUGUCCCACCUGGCGCGGCCAAUCCUUCGCGAAAACGGCUGCGGCCUAGCCUCGGCGAUGAUGGCCCGCAGUUCCGCAAGGGUGAAGGAUCAGACGAGAAGGCAGGGACACUCGAUAACCUGCGUGAAGCAUGGGAUCAGGCGGGCGCGAUAAUCGAGCAAUUGCAUGCGUCGACUGCCGCCGCAGCGGCGAUGGAUGCAAGGCUCAGGGCCACCAUACAGGAGCUCGAAAAGGCGCAAUACCGCGAGGCGGAAGCCCAACGCCCGAAGAGUCCUCCGCCUCGAGCGGCCUCAGACUCGUUAUCGCCCACGGCUUCAAAGGCCGAGACAGGGUCCCACACAAGCUCUGUCUCCGAGACUAUCUCUGAAAAGCUAAAAGUCUAUCUUGACGAGCGGCUGGCACAAUUCUCGCGGGACAUGCGGGCGCACCACAACUCAAGACUAGAACGGAGGCUCGACGAGUCGCUAGCCGACUAUUCGACCAUCGAAUAUAUGGAACAAUAUGUAGGGAUAGAGUUUGGGGAGCUGGCUGUCGACUUUGUUGACGAACAUGAGAUGUGGGACGCGAUCCAGGAAGCAGUGGGCAAGGUGGAAGAGAACAUACGGACUAGGAUGCUUGAUGCGUGGAGUGGGUGA